GCAGAAUCAGUACAACUGCCACCGUCACCAUAAUGAUCAAGGAUGCUACCGUCAGACAGACAUCGCCAUUCAACCAAAGUGUAAAGUUGUUGACAUUCAACACCUGGGGCUUGAAGUAUGUCUCGAAGCAUAGAAAACAGAGACUAGAGGCCAUUGCUACCAGGUUGGGAUCCGCUUCAGAAGAACAGUACGACAUCGUGGCCUUGCAAGAAGUUUGGUGUGAAGGCGACUGGGAAACCAUCGAAGAAGAAUGCAGAGAGCUCUACCCAUAUCGUCGAUUCUUCAAGUCGGGUAUUGUAUCAGGACCAGGGUUGGCGCUCUUGUCCAAAAUUCCCAUUGACGAAACAUUUCUUUACCGAUUUCCCAUCAACGGAAGACCAUCAGCAUUUCAUCGGGGUGAUUGGCUCGUAGGAAAGAGUAUUGCUGUGACUAUACUCAAGCCACACGUAGCCAAUGCCCUUCCCAUCGCUAUAUUGAACUCACACAUGCAUGCGCCAUAUGCCCACAGUGGGGAUGCUAGUUACUCAUGUCACCGUGCGUGCCAGGCAUGGGACUUUAGUAAAUUGGUGAAGAUGCUUAGAAGGGCUGGUUAUGCAGUUAUCCAGGUAGGCGACUUGAAUUCCAAACCCGAAUCACUUCCCUACAAGCUAUUCACCGUAGAAGGUGGGUUGGUUGACUCGUGGGAUGCAUGCAACGAAGAAAAGUUCACACCAAACCAAAUUGCCCAGAUGCAGCCCCAAGAACAAAUCGAGUUGGCGGGUACUACUUGUGAUUCCCAAUUGAAUACAUGGAGAGCUACCAGGAGAAGAUGGGAGGCCUGUCGACUCGACUAUGCUUUGGUCGAUCCAAAUAAUAUCAAGAGUGUCAAUGCAUCGGUCAAAUUUACUGAAUUGAUGCCUGCUCCUUACAGUUGCUCGUACUCUGACCAUUUUGCAUACAGCGCAGAGCUAUUAAUCAAGUCCAAGGAAGAAGCGGUGGUUCCAGCAGACAAUGAAGACAUUUCAACAAAACUCGAGCUAUAUCGUGAAUUGAUCGCCGAGAUUGUUGAGUAUAGGAAACAUACAAUUCCCUUCCAAGCUACUUGGAGAAAGUAUCAUUUUUUCGGCUCGCUCGCCUUGGUGUUUAUUCUCCACAUUGCUGUUUCUUUUGCGUCCAUUGAACAUGCUUGGCUAUCUGUUAUUAUCAUGUUCUUGAGUACAAUCAUAGGAAUCACAGGAGUUAUCAAUGGUAUGAUGUGGUUAUUGGGAGUGAGAUCAGAGCUGAGAGCACUACAAGAGGUCCAGAUGGAGGUAGAGGAUAUUUAUGCUUCCCACCAAUCUGAUCGCAAAUAGAAUAAUCUCCCAGGAAAUAAUAUCAUGCUAGUUUCUUCGCCAUCUUCAGAUUGUUUGUGUAAUAUGGUCAUCUGGGUUUGUAGUCGACACGAAUGAAACCUUGUUAGACCUUGUUGCCUAAUUUUCCUGUAAAUUUUUUUGAUUUCUGGAGGUUGUCUUC